AUGACCUCCUAUCGAAAAAGAAACGUGAACGACUUUGAUAACGAAUCAAAUAAUAUACCCGAUGACACUGUUUUCAUCUCCAAAAGGCAAAAAAUAAAAUCAUCUCUUCAUCACCCAUUAGGAAUUAAGCCGUGGGGAAAUUACUACGUUGAUUUGCUCGAUGCCGGUUCCCAAAACAGUUGCAGGGAUACAUGUUUGGGAAUUCUCGCCCGCCUAAAUGAUGAAUUAAUACUGGAGGUUCUCGGUCAGUUGUCUGCCAAAGACCUUUUGUCGUUGAGCUCCACAAGCAAGAUACUCUACUGUUUUGCAACAUUUGAUGAAUUAUGGAAACAAAUGGUAAUUCAAAAAUAUAACGGCGAUUGGUGGUGGCAAGGAACUUGGAGACUCACAUUCCUGAAACGAUCAGAUCCUGAAUAUAAUGUUAAUACGGGACACGCAUUGUGUAUGGAUAAUUUUUAUAGCGACACCUUGUAUCAACCCUUUCUCUACGGAUCGAUGAGAAUAGAGCAAUUCACGAGCGUGGAAAACAUAGACAGAUGUAAAAAUUUAAGUUUAGAUGAUUUCAUCAACAGGUAUGCCAAGACUAAUUUGCCUGUGAUUAUUACUGAUGUCGUCACUAAAUGGCCAGCGUUCGGAAAGUGGUCAAUGGAGUAUUUGGUGGAAAAGUACGGAGAAAUCUUAUUUCGUGCGGAAGCGAUUGAUAUUAAAUUGAAGAAUUACGCCAGAUAUUCGGCGGAUACAACGGAAGAAAGUCCAUUGUACCUAUUUGACAAGAAUUUUGGGAACUAUUGUGAGGGUAUUCUCGAGGACUUUUCCGUUCCAGAUUAUUUCUCGGAGGACUUCUUCCGUGUACUUGGUUCUACUUUUCACAAAGAUCCAAAUUCAACAUCCGCUUGGAACGCAGUGAUUACUGGUUCCAAGAAAUGGAUAAUGUACCCUCCCAAUACUCUUCCACCGGGUGUUUUUGUAAGUCCCGAUGAAGCCGAGGUAACAGCACCGGUAUCACUAAUGGAGUGGUAUCUGAAUUAUUACAAAGGGGCUCGAAAAUCAGAUCCAAGGCCAUUGGAAGGAAUUUGUCGUGCUGGCGAAAUCAUUUUCGUGCCAAAUGGGUGGUGGCAUAUGGUGGUGAAUUUGGAAGACUCUAUUGCCAUUACGCAAAAUUUUGUAGGCUCUUACAAUUUGCCAAACGUAUUACGAUUUCUUCGCGACAAACCAGAUCAAAUCUCCGGCUUCUCCUCAAAAGCAUGGCCGAACCGUGAAGACAUUUAUAACGUGUUUUGUGAAAAAUUUCGAGAGUCCUAUCCCAACGUUUUAGACGAGCUUGGACUCGUGAAGCCUGGCGGGCACGAAUCUUCUAUGUGGGAUAAAAUCAAGUGUGAUGAAGGAAAUGAGUUUAUCUUUGGAUUCUAG